AUGGCAAACAACUUUGCAAACAAUUUGAAUAAACCGACAUUUAGCCUAAAUGCCAAUAACGAUAAACAUAUGAAACCGGAUGACAACAGUUAUGGUAUGCCAUUUUUGACACGAAACAAUCAUCAAACCAUUUCUGAUAAUGGUUUUUUUGGAUCGUUGCCACCGGAUGCUUCUCUGCAAAAUGUUACAACACCAAUAAGUCAAAAAUUUGUACAAUCAAUAGCACCAUCGUUUCCGCAACCGGAUGCUUUACCAACAUUUGCCGGUAAACCAAUUCAACGAAUACUGUUAGCCGAAACACAAAAUGGUAGUUUACAUGACCUAUUACCGGGACUAACUGUUGAACCACCAACAACAAAACCUGGCGAAGAUACAUUGGCCGAAAAAUUGGCAAAUAAAAUUCUUUGCGGUGAUUUUGAGGUAAUUUGUUUUUUAUUGAAUUUUUCAACUUAAAG